AUGAGUACGAACAUCCAGAAUCUAAAUAAACCAAAGGGUAUGUUGUUCCAGUGGUAUCUUUUACAUUUUUUAUUAGAAAUUUUACAAUUCGAUUUUAAAAUUAUUUGGCGACAUUAUUCAUCCUUUGUUUUUUAGAUGCCUUCGAGCAGCUCGAAGAGGAAGAAGGAACACGACAAGGAUUCUGCCACAUUCGAAUUCAACAGAGAACGGGAAGAAAGUCGAUAACAACUGUCCAGGGAAUCGAUCCCUCUUAUGACCUGAAGAAGAUCGUCCGAUACUUGAAAAAGGUAUUAGUCUAUUCAGUAUUAUUUUCUUUUUAGGAAUACUCUUGUAAUGGAACUAUUGUUGAACAUCCGGAAUACGGAGAAGUCAUUCAAUUGACGGGAGAUCAGCGACAAAACAUAAAGGAUUUCUUGUGCAAGGUCGGCAUUGUUAAAGAAGAGAACUGUAAAAUUCAUGGUUUCUAA